CGGGCUCUGGUUACUUUUGAAGAUCGCCGGCCGCGGGCGGGCUCCCUGCGCAGAGCGGAGACCCGCGUUUUUCUCUCCGCAGUGGAGAAUCCUGGAGAGACGUAGAGCCGGGCUGUGGGGGAUGCGGGGGCCUGGACGUGGCGACUCAAACAGCGGGGAGCAGAGUCGGCGACGCCGGCAGGGACCGAGGGUCUCUGGGGAGUUGGAGGACCUUUGCGGGCCCCCUCUGGGCUGGUUAGGCUGCUGCCGCGGGUGAGAAUCGCCGCGUUGCCCCGAAAGGGGUUCGUAGUGCAGCGGCCCAAAAAGCGGCCACUGUUUGAUGUCCUGUGACUGAGAAAACGGCUUUUAACUUGAUUGUUAUGCCUUUGGAGAUGGAGCCCAAAAUGAGCAAACUCGCCUUUGGGUGCCAGCGAAGUUCCACGUCAGACGACGAUUCUGGCUGUGCGUUGGAGGAGUACGCCUGGGUGCCCCCGGGCCUCAGACCAGAGCAGAUCCAGCUCUAUUUUGCUUGCUUACCGGAGGAAAAGGUUCCUUAUGUCAACAGCCCUGGAGAGAAGCAUCGAAUUAAACAGCUUUUGUACCAGUUGCCACCACAUGAUAAUGAGGUGCGGUACUGCCAGUCUUUGAGCGAAGAGGAGAAAAAAGAAUUGCAGGUGUUCAGUGCUCAGCGGAAGAAAGAAGCGCUUGGAAGGGGAACGAUUAAACUCUUGUCCAGAGCAGUCAUGCACGCUGUGUGUGAGCAGUGUGGGUUGAAGAUAAAUGGAGGUGAAAUUGCAGUGUUUGCCUCUCGCGCGGGCCCUGGAAUAUGCUGGCACCCAUCCUGUUUUGUCUGCUUCACGUGUAACGAGCUGCUGGUCGACCUCAUCUAUUUUUACCAGGAUGGAAAAAUUCACUGUGGCAGGCACCACGCUGAACUGCUCAAGCCACGGUGUUCAGCAUGUGAUGAGAUAAUUUUUGCUGAUGAGUGCACAGAAGCUGAGGGUCGCCAUUGGCACAUGAAACACUUCUGCUGCCUUGAGUGUGAAACGGUCCUCGGCGGACAGAGGUACAUCAUGAAGGAUGGCCGCCCGUUCUGCUGCGGCUGCUUUGAGUCUCUGUAUGCCGAGUACUGUGAAACCUGUGGGGAGCAUAUUGGUGUCGACCAUGCACAGAUGACCUACGACGGGCAGCACUGGCAUGCCACAGAAGCCUGCUUUUCUUGUGCCCAGUGUAAAGCCUCUUUACUGGGGUGUCCCUUCCUUCCCAAACAAGGUCAGAUUUAUUGCUCAAAAACCUGCAGCCUUGGUGAAGACGUCCAUGCCUCUGAUUCUUCGGACUCUGCAUUUCAGUCAGCUCGAUCAAGGGACUCCAGAAGAAGUGUCCGGAUGGGCAAAAGCAGUCGGUCAGCGGAUCAGUGUAGGCAGUCUCUCCUCUUGUCCCCCGCUCUGAAUUACAAGUUUCCUGGCCUUUCAGGCAAUGCUGACGACACCCUUUCUCGGAAACUAGAUGAUCUGAGUCUCUCCAGGCAAGGAGCAAGUUUUGUCAAUGAAGAAUUUUGGAAAGGCAGAGUAGAGCACGAAACCCCAGAAGACCCUGAAGAAUGGGCUGAGCAUGAAGAUUAUAUGACGCAGCUCCUCCUCAAGUUUGGUGAUAAAAGCCUCUUUCAGCAGCAGCCCAAUGAGAUGGAUAUUCGAGCCAGUGAGCAUUGGAUAUCUGAUAACAUGGUUAAAAAUAAGACUGAAUUAAAGCAAAAUAACCAGAGCCUUGCAAGUAAAAAGUACCAAUCUGAUAUGUAUUGGGCACAGUCACAAGAUGGACUGGGCGAUUCUGCUUAUGGCAGCCACCCAGGGCCUGCAAGCAGUAGGAGGCUCCAGGAACUAGAUCUGGACCAUGGGGCUGCGGGAUAUAAUCAUGAUCAAACACAGUGGUAUGAGGAUUCCCUGGAGUGUUUGUCAGACUUGAAACCAGAGCAUAGUGUUCGGGAUUCCAUGGAUUCUUUGGCUUUGUCUAAUAUCACAGGAGCUUCGGUGGAUGGAGAAAGUAAGCCAAGGCCGUCAUUAUAUUCUCUGCAAAACUUCGAGGAAAUGGAAGCAGAAGAUUGUGAGAAAAUGAGCAAUAUGGGGACUUUGAACUCUUCCAUGCUGCACAGGAGUGCAGAGUCCUUGAAGAGUCUAAGUUCAGAGUUGUGUCCAGAAAAAAUCAUGCCUGAGGAAAAACCUGUACAUCUGCCUGUGCUCAGAAGAUCCAAGUCUCAGUCCAGACCACAGCAGGUCAAGUUUUCGGAUGAUGUCAUUGACAAUGGAAACUAUGACAACAUUGAAAUCCGGCAGCCUCCAAUGAGCGAGAGGACUCGGAGACGGGUCUACCAUUUCGAAGAGAGGGGAUCCAGGUCUCAUCACCAUCGCCGCAGGAGAAGUAGGAAGUCCCGCUCUGACAACGCCCUGAAUCUUGUUACAGAAAGAAAAUACUCUCCCAAGGACAGACUGCGGCUUUACACCCCCGACAGUUAUGAGAAAUUUAUACAGAAUAAGAGUGCCCGGGAGAUCCAAGCAUACAUCCAGAAUGCCGAUCUCUAUGGACAGUAUGCCCAUGCCACUUCCGACUACGCCCUGCAGAACCCGGGAGUGCACAGGUUUCUGGGACUCUAUGGGGAGGACGACGAUUCCUGGUGUUCCUCCUCCACCUCCUCCUCCGACUCAGAAGAAGAAGGAUAUUUUCUUGGACAACCAAUUCCUCAGCCCCGGCCACAGAGAUACGCCUACUAUACAGACGACCUUUCUAGUCCAACUUCUGCGCUCCCUACUCCUCAGUUUGGUCAGAGGACAACUAAAUCCAAGAAGAAAAAGGGACACAAGGGCAAAAACUGUAUUAUUUCUUAAGCUGGUAGCUGUGGUGAUCAUGUUUAAACUUAGCCAUUAACCAUCUUGAAUCAUAUCUUUUUUCUUCCAUAGGAAAGUUGCUAAAAUAGUUUAAAGUGCUUUGCCCAUGUAAAUGAGACCCCGGCAGCUGUUUACAGUGUCAGAUUAACAUAUGGAAGGUGUGAUUUCUCCAGUGUACCCUCCUCGGAUGGCGCCAGGUUGACGUGACAUCUUGUGCCUGUCAGGUGCAUCAGUGUUUUAUAUAGCUCCUUUGGUCUCCAGUCCUCAAGAGAAUCCUUAAGAAACUGUCAUGAGGUGAUUGGACGAGGGUGUUGAUUUUAGACAAUGGAGAACUUCAGCCACCUUUGUAAAGCAAUAGUGUUUGUCGUUCGUCUGCGCCAGGUUGGCCCAGGUCCUGAUCCGUGUGUCUUGUGAGGCAUGCACGUAGUGACGCUGACCCAGCCAACACUGUGCAUCCCAUCGUGCGAGGCCACCUCAUCCCCUUUCAGUCCUCAUUAGCCAGGUAAACAUUGUAUUGUAUUAGUUCCAGCUACAGACUGAAAAAAGCAUUGCUAUUUAUAAUGUAGUAUUUCACAGACUUAAGUGUAUUCCUAAUUUAAUGGUGCAAAUAUUAAUGUACAUACUGUACAGUUCAGAUUUUAAAGCUGAUAUUUUUAUAUCCCUGAAUUGCAAGACGUUUGUUACACUGCAGUGCUAGAUUUGUUAGGGAACCAGAAACAGCAUUUAUGGAUGAAAUGAUUGCUUGUAUUUUAGUCAGGGUUUAUAAGUUUAGAUGGUCAAAUUUAUAUUGCCUAGUGAUGGAAAGUUCAAUUUUUUUUUGAUUUUUCAAUAUUAAAAAGGCUCUGUAUGCAUGGUGGGGCUAUGUAAAUACUCUUUAAAACUAUGGCCCUAUUAAUCUUACAAGUGUUAUUUAUGGGUCAAGCAAUGUAAACUGUAUAAAUGUAAAAAACAAACAAAAAAACCCACAUAUACCCCUGGAAUAUAUGGUAAAAACAA